AUGGUGGACGCAGAUUAUUGCUUUACUUACAUUGAUAUUGGAGCAAACGGCCGAGCUAGUGACAGUGCAAUAUUUAGAGACAGUACUUUGAACAUAGCAAUGCAAAAUAACACACUUAACAUGCCUGAAAAUUCGGUCAUUGUUGGGGACGAUGCCUUUCCAUUGAGAACCAACUUAAUGAAACCCUACAGUAAGUCACAGCUCAAUAAUACUGAAAGGAUAUUCAACUACCGACUCUCUCGCGCAAGAAGAGUAUCUGAAAAUGCAUUUGGUAUUCUUGAGUGGCGCUUCAGAAUAUUUUCAAGACCAAUUCAAUUAAAAGAAACUACAAUUGACAAUGUUAUUUUGGCAGCAUGUAGUCUCCACAACUGGCUGAAAAAAAGUAGCCCAAAUACUUAUUUUCCUGAAAAUGCCGUGGAUAGAGACGAUCUUACACGGGCAAUAUUACUUUUGGGCAAUGGAGAAACCACGUGA